AUGGCAGAAACCCAGCUUCUCCGACUACCUUGGGAGCUCAUGUUGAAUGUGAUGGCAUGCUACCUUCCUCUGAACCCGACAACGUUGAUACCAACUUCGGACAAUGCGACACAGCUCCUGCUGGACUUUAGUACUGUCAACCGAGUAACUCGCGAGUUCGCAGUCCGCAAGAUACAACAGCACUGUAUAGUGCUUGACACAGACGAUAAGCUUCGCCGCUUCUUGUUAUGCUUGGAGCUGUCGCGACGGCCGAAACCAUUCGAUAUCCCGUCCGUAUUUCACAACAUUCACACUAUGUAUCUUGCGCCGUUCGGCUUGGUCAUGGAUAAUCUACCAACAGCAAUGUGGAUUCGCGAUAUUUUCGGGUAUACAAGUGAGAGUCUGAAGCGAUUGAUUGUGGAUAUGCCAUUCGACAGCUUACCGCCAUGGAAUGACCACCUCAAUGUCGGGCCCGUGUUGUUGGAGGGAUUCGAGAGACUUGGCAAGCUAGAAGAAUUCGUCUGCACCCGCAAUGCCGCACGCCUUAGUGUACGUCACGAAGACGGGAGCUCAAAGUCGAUCCUAUACAGAUGGCCAAACCUUCGCCGCCUUGGAUUGAACAGACCGUUAUGUGACACCGAUUUCUGGGAGUGUCUAGCAGAUCUACCUCACCUGGAACAUGCUAUCUUCGCUGGAGCGAUGAGCAACCUCGGCGGCGGGAGCGAAUUUCGGGAAGUGUACACCCAGCGCGCCAGCCCAGCAUCAAGGAUUACGUUGGUGCUCGCAGAGGUUAGGGAGUUCAUGAUUUCGUCAACCAACAACUCGUCCGAGUCUAUCGGCUCGAUCGAAGAAGACGACCGCAUCAGACUUAUGGCUUACAAAAUACGCAUUCCACCGAGAAAGAAUUUCUUGGACUCGAACUCGGAGUGGUUGAUGGGCACAGCUCUUGCGGGCGAGCUGUGGGAUAUUCAAGGUCAGCGAUUUAUUGAAACGCCUCAGCUGUUGGUUCCGCAUCCACAAGUAGCGGAACUAGAAUAA